AUGUCGAAGUUUCACCGUUCUCUUUACCUUCUUCUGCCAACGCUUUGCACAGCCGCCUUCCCUGCCAUUGACAGUGACCUGAUUAAGAAAGCCCAGACUGGAGAAUGGAUUCUUUUAAACGACGACGACGAUACAAUGAUAAAGAUUGUGCCAUCGCUAAAGGUUUUCGGCAAGCCUGGCUCGUUCUCAUUCGAAGAGGCUGAACGGUUUUGUGAGAGCGAUCGUGGGCACUUAGUCUCCUUUCGAUCACAUGCGGAAGAAGAAUUCAUAAGAGGUCUUAGGAGUUGCCUUAUCAACCUAAUCAGCAUGAAACCUCCAGAAUUUUGGCUUCGGCCACACCCAAUUCCUUCCAUCUUGAAUAAUAUAUAG